CGUAAUUUCCUGGGGCCGCCGAAGUGUUUCCGCACUGUUGUGUGUUCAUAGCAUAGCAUAGCAUAGCCUAGCAUAGCAUAGCCGUUCUCUGCUCUCUGUUUUCUGCACCCACCCCUGUGGUUGUGUUGCAGGGAAGCGCGAGGGGCCCCUGGAGUGGAAUAGAGUCAUCAUGGCUGCUGUUUAUUCCGAAAAAGGUGGCACAUUGCAAGGAAAUGUUGUUGUACUUUCAAAAGAAAACGAAGAGGGUACAUGUAAUGCUGGAGUACCUAGCGACCCCAACCAAAUUAAAGCAGAUGAUCUAGGUGCAUUCGUAGACUCAAAGCUUAGUGGCCCAGCUACAUCUAAGAACCACGCCGAGAUGGAUGGGAUGAACGCCAUGCCAUCCAUUAUAAUAAAAGAAGAGCGAAUUGAGGAUGAAGAAUAUAUGCAGAUAAACUUAAGUGAUGUCGGUGUAGAGUCGGAGGAGACCGCUGCUGAUAAUGGGAAUGAGUCCACCCAAGAAGAAAAUGUUGAUGUGAAGCUGCGUAGCAUGAGGUGCCAGGACUGUGGGCAGCAGUUCACACGCUGGGAAGCCUUCAAGAUCCACCUGCGCAAACACGUAGAAGAGGAGGCCACAGCAAGGAAGCGUCCCCUGCAGCCUCAGAACCAAAACGGCGGGAAAAGGAGGAGAGAUGAAGACAGAAUUGACGUUAAAGAUGAGGAUGAGGAAGUUGAUGUUGUUGGUUUUGAAGAUAAGGGGGAGGAGGAGGAGGAGGAGGAGGAUUUUUUUGAUAGUACUUGCCAGAUCAAACCCUCUGAGAUUGUGAAGGUUCGCCCUCGCGUUGCCAUGCUGUCGCAGGAAGAGAAGCCAGUCUACGGAAGCAGCAAUCAAGUCUAUACCUGUAAGAUCUGUGAAAAAGUGUAUUACUACCUGGAGUCGUUCAGAAACCACCAGAAGACACAUACCGAGGUGCAGAGAGAGAUCCACCCCUGCCUACUCUGUGGGAAGCUCUUCAAACGUGCAAAUGCUUUAUUUUUGCACAUGAGAGUGCACAAAACCCCUGUGGUGAGUGUGCGCAAAACUCCUGUGGUGGCAAGUAAACCCCCAGAACACCAUUGUGACCAGUGCAAGAAGUCUUUCCAGUCUACUCAGUCCUGGCUAGAGCACAAGGAAAUUCACAAGAAGAAGCAAUUUUGGUGCCUCUCUUGUUCCGAGGGCUUCAAGGACGCUGAAUCCCUGGAUACGCAUCUGCUUCACCAUGACAUGAAACGUCACCGGUGUAACAUAUGCUUCAAGUCCUUCAGAGUGGCCUCCGAGUUGCUCUACCAUUGCAACACUCACACAGGAUUCAAGCCGUACAACUGCAAAUUCUGCGAUAAGGAUUUUCCCCAGCUGGACAGCCUGAUGAAACACCAUAAGACGCAUCUAAGUGUGCACAUGGAGGGUACCAAUGAACAGCUGGACCAGGGGAAGAGCACUAACCAUGAGGAUAAAAAGGUUAGUAUGAUGGAAAAGCUUAAAAAGUUCAUUGGGAACAAGGGUUCAAAGGAACAAGUCCAGACACCUGACAAGUUUUUGUGGCAGGCCCAUCAUGAGGCAGAAGCAAUGCUAGGUUCUGGGUCAGAGGAGAGUGAAGAGGUUGUCUGUUACAAUGGCAACAAGGAGGGUUCUGAAUCGGAUUCUUCAGUGAGCAAUGAUACAAGCGCAAAGUUCUUUGUAAAUUCUAACUCAUCAGAAGAAGAGGAGGAACAGGGAGAGUCGAUGGAGAUAACAGGAAAUGCCAUGGUGCAGAGAGAAGGUGGCCAUUGUGAGGAAGAAAAGGAUGAGGAUGAUGUGGUAUUCACAGGACAGGUAUCUGCACCUCUGCAACAGGUAGAGGAAUGGAGGUGCUUUGAAUGUGGGACCUCUUUCUACCAAGAGGCAGAGCUUCACCUGCAUUACAUGAAACAUGCCAGUGGUGAGCUUGCUCCUCGCCUGGCCCUUCACCUGGGAGAGCACCACCUGUUCAAAGAGGAGGGCACAGAGCAGCGUAUCUGGGCAGAGAAGGUCAUCCCCCACCCUGCCUACGAUGACAAUGGCUACGACAACGACUUCAUGCUGAUCAAGCUGAGCGAGCCAGCCGUCUUCAACCAGUACGUCCAGCCCAUUCCACUGGCUACCAGCUGUGCCCAGCCAAGCGCCAAGUGUCUCGUGUCUGGCUGGGGCAAUCAGAUCAACACCGGAGUUAACUACGCGUCACUUCUGCAAUGCCUGGACCUCCCGGUGCUCUCCCAGUCCCAGUGUGUGGAUGCCUAUGGCCACAUGAUCACUGAUAACAUGUUCUGUGCUGGUUUCCUGGAAGGAGGCAAAGACUCCUGUCAGCUUCAAUCACACAACAAAUUCAAAACAUUCUGUGAAAGGAAUAAAAGGCAAGGGGACAUGGACGUCAUAAAUAGGGCAAUGGGUGAACUGAGGUCAAGUCCUGAGGGUGGGACUGCGGAGAGUGACCCAGAGCCCAGGGUCCCGUCUGAGGAAUGCCCCAAGUCCUCUCCUGCAGCCGGUGCGUCAGAGAAUCACACCCAUGUUGACACUUUUGGGAAGGGCACACAAUUCAGCACCCCGAAAGAUGCAGCGCCUCACCCUGGGGACCCAGAAGAAGCAACAAGUGCACCACACCUCCCAGACACAUUCAAGCUGAAGUACAGUCCUUCCACUGAGCCAGUUUCCGCCAAGGGCACGACACCUGAAUCCACAAACCAAGGGCACAAUGGCAGCACUUCACCCACCAAAGAGACGUUUCCAGGUCCCAAGGCUGCUGUUGGCAUUAAGAAAGAUGCAAAGGCUGCUGGCGUCACCACGGGUGCAAAGAGGAAUAUUCCUGCCAAAAGGAAUCGAAUGGACCCGCUGAAGUUGGACAUGACAAAACCCACAGUUAUGCCUCUCACUUCCUCCCAACUCUCUCUGCAGUGUCUUGAGUGCCACAUCAUUUUCAGCGACGACAAGAGCAAGCAGCGGCACCUCAAGAUGAGCCACCCAGCGGAGUAUGAGCAGUGCAUGCUGGGAGAUUCUCUGUUCGCUUGCUACGUCUGCGACCGGCAUUUCGCCAACUCCACCGAACUCAUGGCACACCAGCGAACUCACACAGAAAAGCGGCCUUUCAAAUGUCUCCUCUGCGGAGAGGCGUUCAAGAGAUCAUCUGAACUCACCACGCACAAGAAGAUCCACUGUAGCAGCCAGGGGUACAAAUGCUCGGACUGUGGCAAAACCUGCAAGACCUUGACUCUGCUCAAAUAUCACAGCCGCACACACACUGGGGAGAAGCCCUAUGUGUGUAAAGAGUGUGGCAAGAGGUUCAGCAUGCCGAAAGCACUGCAGAGACAUAUAGAGACUCACACACAGGAUGAAGGGGAAGAAAAUGGUGAUGGAACAAUUGCUUCUGCAAAAUUAAAGAAACAGAAGAGCAACGGUCCAUCAGAAAGGAAAUACUCAUGUCCACAGUGCAAAGCCAUGUUUAAGACGGAGAAGACACAACUUCACCAUAUUAAGUUCAAGCAUUCACAGAACAAAAAUAUGCCUCCUAGCCGUGCUCUUGUCAAACAGCAUCCACUCAAUCAAGGCCCACCGCCACCUUUACUGACCCAUGCAACAAUAGGUCAAACACCAGUACUUCGGCUACACUCUGGUGGACAGACGCCACAAUGCAUUGAGCCGGAGCAAAUUAAGAGACUAAUAGAAUCACUUGGAAACGUUCAAAAGGUGAAUCAGUUAGUCAUAUACGGAUUGGAGCCAGUGUCAUUUCAGUCACAGACUAUGAAUCUGCAGCCAGUUCCGGGUGUUGUUCAGCCGAUCAGAUUUGACAUGACACAGAUGCCUUCUGUGGAGUUAAAGCUGGUGACUGAAGAUUCAGAUCAAGCCAAACAACACAUUGAAUCCACAGGACCAGAAAUGAAUGGGGGACAAGGGAAGGCCGAUGCUCAUUCAUCAGUAGAGAAAACAACUCAGUUAGAUGAAUUAAUGCAAGACCACACAGGACCUGUUGAAUCACAGACCUGUCCGUCUCAAAUAGUGGCGUUUGAGCAAAUAUCUGAAGGUACAGAAAAAGCAGUGGAAACAGUUUGCUCAGUGGAAACGAUAGUGAGUGGAUCCAUUCCAUUCAACCAUGUUGAAGAGAUGACCUGUAGAACCAAAACAGUUGAGACUGAACUUGAUGAUGGACAAAUACAGAUGCUUGAAUUGCAUCAGUCAUCCUCCCUGAUUCCAACCACUGAGCUUGAAAAUGAAAACAGACAUAUGGUGUCCCUCCAGGAAGAAGUAGUGAAAAUGCAGUAUAUGACCCCAAGUGACACUCUAUCACUUGUAGCCACAGAAGGUUUACAAGAGACUGAAGAACAAGUUGUUACUUUGACACCAGUAGAAACACAGAUUGUUACUUUGACAUCAACUGAAAGACCUGAAGACUCAAAGAAUUAUGCUGGAAAUGCUUGUGAACAGGAUGUUGGACAGCCACACCUGGAAUCUUCUGAUGAACCUAAGGACUGUAUGGAACAAACAAAGGUAAACACACAUGAGUUUAGCUCAGAGAUACACUUGAGUGAGGAGAUAUCAGUUCAUACUCAGCCAUCUAUACACGACUCAGACAUAGCUAAGACACACACUCAACCUUCUAGAUAUGAAAUAGACACCGCUGAGGUCAUUAUAGUCAAGCAGAAACCUCGAAGUCGAGUGACCACAAAGUUGCCAGAACCAAAGAAACUCAAGAAAGGGAGACCUGCAAAGAAAACAAGCAAGAAAGCUAAAUCUAAGAGGCAAAUUUCAGAUAACCCUUUGAAACAGCAAACUGGCCAUAAUGAUACAGUUGUGAUCACACAGCAGAAAGUGUCAGCUCCACAUCCUCCAGAGUUAAUGACAACUGUAACCCAGCAAUCAAGAACAAAAGGUCAUGUUCUGAUGCAGUUUGGUCUUAGAAACAAAAAAGAAAAACUCUCUAAAACAGUGGGGCCUUCUAAGAAAUCCAAAAAGAGGGAUGAUGUUAAAAUACAAGAGAAAGGUGACUCCCAGCAGAAAAAGAUAAAGGGAGAUGGAGCAGGGAAAAUAAACAUGUCUGAAAAUAAAACUCAAACAGAAAUACUUAUCAAAUCACAGGAUCAAGAGCAACAUGGGUUGCAGAAAGAAGAGUCAAAAUCACAAAUCAAGUCUAGGAAAAGAAAAUUUAAAAUUCACAAAAUUACCAACAAUAGUCUGUUGGAGAAAGAGGGGAUUUCAGCACCUCUGCCUAAAAGGAAGAAGCAGGAAAAAAAUAAAAAGCCAAAGGGCCUUAAGAGGACAAAGAAAGCAGUCGUAAAGAAGAGCUUAAAACUGAAACCGAAAGAGGAAGAGGAAACCCCUGUUGCUAUAUCUCCUAAUCAAGUCAAGGCAGAUGCCCUGCUUCUACUGAAGGGGCACAAACAACCACAGCUGAAAGUUCAUAAACUUGAUGCUCCAAUAGCACAGCUAGAACUAGUGCCUUCAUGUCCAUCCUCAGUUGCUUCCAAUGAGGAAACUAAGAUGACUCCAACGAAACAAACACAAGAUCAUAAAAGCAAAUUAAAUAAAUCCAAGAAUCCAAAAAGGCCAAUCCAGGCAUGUGUAGAGUCCCCAUCUUCACCUAAUGUCAAGAACUCAUCCCUGCAUAAAAAUGUAAAGGCAGGUCGGAAAAAAAAGACCACAAAAGCUGGUGGAAAGAUAGCACCGCCCACCAAUUCCUCAAUAUGUGAUUGCGGGGCGAACUUCUCUGAUGUGUCCGCCUUACAGGAGCAUAUGGCAGCUGUCCACUCUGGUGAAACACAUGGACACUGUGGCUAUUCAAAUGGCACACUGUCUGAGGGUCACGUCAAGACGUCUGUAUCAAAUGAAGAACAACCCAAUAAUUCUGUUUGCCCUAAAAUGCUUGGUCUAGCAACAGACUGGGAUGCUGAGACAGAGAUGGUGGAACUAGGUCUGGGGGACAGAGAGGAAGAAAGAGUGUCUUUUCCAGCUCUGAGUCCGUCUCCAUCUCUACCUCAUGCACCUACAUUAGUGGAUGGUGAAUGUGAAGAGGCACAAAAAGAAGAUGCCAACAGUGUCACCACAGAGAAACAGUUGAAAGUGUUUUCUUCUGGUUCUAAAAGAAGCAAGCCACUACAGAGCAGUGUCUGUCUAGAAUCUACUCCAAUGUGUCAGACCCCUUCACAGGAACUCUCAACAGAGGCAGAACAGUUGACCAUCCCUAAGGUCCAAAAGAGGUCACCACGGCCAGACAAACAUCAGAAAGGAACAAGUGACAAAGGCCUUUUAGAGACUGGUGAGAAAAUGUCAGAGAUACAGGACGUGGCUGAUAAGAUGAAGAGCAUUUGUGAGUCAGAUGAGACUGUUGAGGAAGACAUGAAAGAUAACUUGCCUCUAGAUGUUAAUUUAGUCACUGUUCAAGAUGAAGAUCAGCUUGUCACCUCUCAGGACGUUGACUCAUCAGAAAGCUCUCAAAAAGAUGGUCAAAUAACUGGUGAAUUACCAAUGAUGCCAAGCCAUCAGAAUGUCCCGAACGUGAAUGAACCCAACCUUGAAUGUCCUUCAAAUAAAAAGAAUCUUGAACUUGUGGUGGACUUGAAUUCAAACAAAACUACUGCAGUUAAAGACUCCUCCACUGACCCUCCAGAGAUCAAACAAGAGGAUGUAGAAAUGGCAGUGCACACGGAGGAGAAGAAGUCUGCGCGUAACAGGAGUAAUACGACGAGAGGUAGAAAGAGGGGAGGCGGAAGAGGCAGGCGAGGAACUGGGAAAAAGAGGAACACAGGGAGAAGACCGGAAUCCAACCAGGAGUCUCUGAACGACAAUCCAGACGAAUGCCAGAUAGUCUACCAGCUCUAUCCAUUGGCCGCGGAUUCUGAUAAAUCUGUGGAGGGGAAUGGGCCUCAGGUUUGCACUAAUCCUUCCAGAUCUGACAUGGCAGAAUCACAAGAGGAUUCCUCUGAGGAGCAGGUGGUGUUUGAACUGGAGUCGGUCACUACAAGUGUUGAUAUCGUAAAAUCGGAAGGGGAACUCGACAGUCAAGACAGAAUGGAGGGAAGUUCGCCAGGCAUUCUCCUAGAAAAGUUUCUCACAUCACGAGGGAGUGGGAGCAGUGAAUCCACAGACAUUUCUAACAUGGUGGUGUGUGACUCUACGAAUGUACCAACCAAUGGGGCCACCACAGACCAUAGAACCACCACAUUGCCUUCACUGGGGACAUCAGGGGUGUUGAAUGUAAAGGAAGAGGAUCAGUCUCAACCUGUGAUGCCAUCCGUGCUUCCCCCUGAGGGAGCAGAUGCCAGGGCUCCUCUCAUAAAUCGCUCACUCUCUAAUGAGCCACAGCCAGGUGUGCAAAUGUUUGUGGUGAAGGAAGAGGACCCACUCGUUUUGAAUGAGCCUCAAAUUAUUCAAGAACCCACCAAUGGUAAUCCACCAAAGAGUCAUCUCUGCACUACUAGCACAGUUGCAGUCUCAGACCCGCCAGUGGAGAGCAAUAUGGCAGAUAAAGCAGCUGGGACGGCCACUCCAACAGUACAUCAACCCAUUGCCAAGCAGUGCAUUUUCUUUCCAGUAAAAGAGGAGGAGAGAGAAUUACUGCUGGAUCUUCCACAGAGAGCUGAAAAUCAGAGCAACGCAGGAGUGGAAGAAUAUGAUGACAUCUGUGAGAUAUCAACCCAGCAUGAAACACAAUGUGUGGACAGUGCCUUUGAAAAUGAUGAUGUGGGAGCGGACCAACACAACACUGCGGAACUAUUAAAAUUCCUUCAGCAGAGUUCUGAUAUAGAACACAGUGAAUGCACUGAUUCAGAACCAGAAGUAGAAACCCUUGCCAUGUCCUGUUACCAUGGUGGCAAAAGCACCGGCUUAGCAAAUCCCCCUGAUAGAUCAACCCAGGAAGCUGAUCAUAGGAAUGAUAACAGGCUCUCCCAGAAUGGUACCAGUUCACAAAAUGGUCAAAGGAAACCAAUUGACUACUUCACUCAGUAUUUUGACUGGAAGACGUGGCAGGAUGUUGCCAACAUCACUGCUAAAACAUCUAAAAUGUCAAGUCUAGUCACGGCAAAAGAGGUUUCUCAGUUUGUUGGGAUCCAUAUCGCCAUGGGAACGUUACAGUUUCCUAGCACAAAGCUGUAUUGGGAGGACUAUACCCAAGUGGCCCUUAUUGCUGAUGCCAUGUCAUCCUCCAGAUUUUCAGAGCUUCUCUCAAAACUGAGGCUUGCAGAAGAGAGCGGUUCCACAAGGCCUCAAGGGAAAGACAAGGUUGUGUCCGCUAACAGCACUACACAGUCCAGAGACCAUGAUUUACAAGUGUCAGAAACUGCAGAUGGACCAUAUAAAACUACACAAACAUACAGUACACAGUGUCUAUUAGAAACUGACCCACUUAAUAGAGUGCGUGUGUUGAUGGAAAAAGUUCAAAGAGCAUGUCAGGGUCUAAAGCGAGAGGGGAACCAUGGAGUCAGCCAGUACCCACUGUGGUUACUGCGAACCACAGCCAGUGCCGCCUACUCUCUACAUCAUACAGUAAUGUUGAGUACUUGUGGUUUGGUGGUGGACUUCAACUUGAGCUUGGAUGACUCUGACCGAGAAGAAACUGUUAAGCACAUGGUCCUAUCGGGUCAAAACAGUAGAGAAGGGAUGGUGUUUCUCUGCAAGCCUGAACUCUCCACUCCCUCCAUGCUGGAACAGCUUCUAGAGGCUGGUGUACAAAGUGCUGGCAAAGUUGGCGGGGCGAGGGGACAAGUAGGUGAUGAGUUUGUCAGCUCAGAUGGCAAACUGAAGCUGUUUCGAUGCCAUCAUGGUUUCAUCCUUUCGGCUGCUGUAAAGGGACGAUCCCGUUCGACAUCCCUAGUCAGUGGCUUUGAGCGGGCACUUAAAGCAGCAAAGCUCAACCGAGAUUUGCGCAACGCUUACCGUACGCCUUGCCUGUCGUCUCCCGCAGGCUGGCCACUGUCUGUUCUUUGGCACCUUACUGAUCUUGCACUGGUGAACUCUUGGCUGCAGUACAGGGGCGACCGCUGCAAUGAACAAGAACAGUUGUCCCUCAUGGCAUUCCGACUAGAAGUCUCCAAAGCACUGAUUCUCUUAAGCAGCGCUGAUGCCCAGGACGCAACUCCUCCCCAACCACCGGCUCCUGAGAGACCAGAACAGGGCUCAGUCCCAGGGUCAGCCUCUGUUUUUGAGACCCCGCUGCCAGACACGGCCGUACGGUAUGAUGGCGUGGGCCACUGGCCAGAACAAGUUGCUGAAGGAGAGGGAGCCAGGUGUCGGUUUGGGGGAUGUGAUCGGACAUCUCAGGUGCGGUGUCUGAAGUGUUGUGUGUUUCUGUGCAUCUCGCGCAAUCAUAACUGCUUUCUCAAAUUCCACAGCCAAGGGACUCUAUGAGGUUUUGCAUUGAUAUAGCAACGUGUGAAUGUUUGUUUGUUUGUUUUCCAGCACGUCCUAUACUUUUGUUUUGGCAUUUGCUGCCAUUUAAUGAAACAUAUUUUCCAUUUAAAAUUAAGGAAAAAAGGUUCUACUCUUGUAUUUUUCAUACAAUGAUUGAUUGAAGGAAAUCCACUCCUUUUGUUUCUGUAAUUAUUUUAUUUAUUUACCGCCAAUGGUCUGUGAAUUAUUUAUAUUUUUAUACAUUUGUUGUUGAGUAAAAACAGCCAUAAGGUCUGAAUGUGUUUUUGAAUGUCCAAGAAAAAUGUGUUUCCUGUUACUGCAGCUGUUACUGAUAAUUAAUUCUGUGAAACAAUUGACCCACUUUUAAUGUAUUUUAAUUUAAACUAAAUUCUGUGAAACAAUU